AUGUUUAUGUUCCGCGUGCUCAACGCGGUGCCCUACAGCAAUGAACAGGGCGCCAAAGAUUUCAUUGCGAGUCUACAUUCAUUUGUCACAUGCAAUCUGCUCGUUGGGUUGGCUGUACUCGUAUCAUGGAAGCAAUUUGGUGGAAGACCUCUUGAGUGCAUGGUGCCUCCAGAUUUCACUGGUGCUUGGGUUGAGUACGCGGAAGUCUAUUGUUGGUCUCAGGACACCUACUAUGUUCCUUUUUCCACUCCUUUGGCAAACACACCUGACAACACUACCAUCGAUCGAAGCUCUGCCAAGGUUUCUUAUUACCAAUGGAUGCCAUUCUUUUUAUUAUUUGAAGCAGCAUGCUUCCGCUUGCCUACUUUUAUCUGGAAAUACUUUGCUAGUCAAAGUGGUAUGAAAGUUGGAGAAAUCCUUCGUUUGGCCACGGAUGAGCACAACACCGUACCGGAAAUCAGACGAGAAAACAUACAUGCACUGUGUAUACAUCUUCAAGGAGCUUUGCGAUUUCAGAAGAGGUUGAAAAUGAAGAGGUUGUAUCCUCAUAAGAUUGUACGUUUUCUCAAUCUAAAGUACACGACCUACUACGUGACUCUGAUAUAUUUCAUCGCCAAAUUUGCAUUUCUCAUGAAUGUGGGGAUACAGACAAAGUUGUUGAAUCAAUACUUAAUUCCUCAUGCUAGUUUGCACCAAUUCGGUUUUGACGUCUGGCAUUCUCUGUGGAGUAGCAAUCAGACGUGGCAAACAAGCGGUCUCUUUCCGCGUGUCACUUUGUGUGACUUUGAUGUGCGGGAAAUGGGAAAUAUCCAAACGCAUACUGUGCAAUGUGUUUUGCUUCUCAAUGUUUUUACCGAAAAGAUCUUCAUUGUCCUCUGGGCAUGGUAUGUAUUCCUCGCAACUCUAACUGCGUGUAACCUGUUCAGCUGGAUGUUCUCUAUCUUUAGCGAGACGUCCAAAGAGCAUUUCUUGAUAAAUCACCUCGAAAUGUGUGAAACUUCAUUCGAUAAGGAAUCUGCAAGAGAUCUGCAUGAGGUCGAUUGUUUCAUAGACAAAUACCUGGGAUUAGACGGAAUUUUUCUGCUGAGACUAAUUGGACAGCAUGCAGACGUUGUUUUUAUCACAGAGCUCGUUGGAUAUCUGUGGAAAAGUCAUAACGAGAUUGAGGAGCAAAGACAUGCACUGAAAAGAAUGAAUCGUGUUUUACCUUUACUGGUUCCCGAAGAAAAAGUAGACUACUCCGUGCCAGGCUCCCGCAGAGAAUCUUUGCUGGAAUCUCGUAGAGAGUCACUAGUUGGAUCGGCAGCCACAAAGAGAAGGGCUUCACUAGCCAACAGACGUCAAUCUACCCUGAAAAGGGUAGCCAGUGCUGAGGAAUUGGAAUCCAACAAAUCGAAGCAGUUUGAAGACAGCAGCGACGAAGACACCAACAUAACGUCGAGAAAGUCAAGUUUAGAAAAGGGCAAGAAGUCCCAGAAGUAAUAAUUGUACAAAGAAUUCUCUUCUUACAUUCGCCAUAUAUCAAAUUCACUCAGAUUUAGUCAACGAGCUCUCCAAAAUGUUUUCGUCUUCAGUAUUACAGAAUCUCGGGUAGAUUCCCUGGUAUCUUCGCCUUAGGCAUAAAUUCCGUAGACUCUGAAUUGCACUGCAUUUGUGAAGAAAACAUAAUAUCACGUAAGAAUGCUUUAGUUCACUUCGCUUUGAUUCAGAUAUUUCUGUUGCUUUGUAGACCAUUUCUGAUCUAGAAAUGAUCUAUCAAUUUUGCUAUCUGUACCUAAAUUCUAUUUCUAGUCGAAUCCUCUCUGGUCAGUUUUAAAUAAUCGACCUCCUAUGCAUUUUCCACAGAAGUAUUACAGCACUAUCUAUGGAAUUGUUUAUUCUUUGAUAUGUCACAUUCGUUAUGUAACCAUUGUAUUCUAAUAAAAUUUGUGUAC